AUGGACCACCGCCUGGUAACCCUGCUCCUGGUGCUCGCCGUCAUCGGUGUCGGCGGAAGCGAGGACAGUGCCUCCGAGACGUCGACGACCUCGGAGUCUCCCCUUUCGGAGACCUCCACCGUGCAAGACAUUGAGCCGAUGGUGGCCGAUGCCAUGAAUCAGGUCUUCAAGAUGGGGCUACCGGUGUUCACGCAGUUCGGUUCGGACCCCGAUGUGUCCGGGGAGUGCUCCGCGGCGCUCGUCAAGACCAUGCUCGCACUGCGACGCAUGGAGCCCUGGGCGAUUCGCAUGACAGACUCCAACGGCAAACCGCCGGCGGGUCUUCUUCAGGGGACCGUCGCCGAUCUGGGCAGCUACGACGAAUGCCUCGAUGUGGUUGUGAGAGACCUGUACGGAGACGUCGACUUCACGGGCCAGUAUUGUAGCCUCUUCGUCAACCCCAGGGGAGUUCCUUUCCUCAAGAAGAUGAUCAGCAAGUUCCAGGAGAAGGGGGAGCUACUCGGUGCCUACAACCCGCUGAACUGGCUGAACCAGGACCUGUUCUUCGGGAUCCAGCUGGGCACGUGCAUUCCGUCCAAGUGCACGGGCGGCGAGCUUCGCCACAUGGCGGCCACGCUGCUGCACCGCUACGGCUUCCACACGGUCGUCCGCGGAUGCGAGGUCAAGGACAAGGGGCCCCUCACCGUCACCCAGCGAGGAAUCCUGAUGUUUAUAGGAGUGCUGUCUGUGAUUCUUGUCUUGGGAACUGCGUACGACAUCGUCCGUUACUACCUCCCCAAUGAAAAGCAAAAGAAACUUCCAGUGUUGCUGACCAAACUCCUGGUGAGCUUCUCCGUAGUGUCUAACACAAAGAUGCUGCUCACCACGAAGGCAGCAUCCGGCUCGGACAGCGUUAAACUGCGGUUCAUCCACGGAAUGCGAUUCUGGAGUUCGUCUUGGGUCAUCCUGGGUCAUACGUAUUUUCUCGUCAGCGUUACUGCCCUUGGUGAAUCCCUCAACAUCGUCAAGUACCAUCAGAAUCCAGCCUUCCUCAUGAUCGCGAACGCAUACCCGUGCAUUCAGAGCUUCUUAUUUAUUAGCGGAUUCCUGGUGACCUUCAAUGUUCUCAAGUACCUGAAGGAUUACAAGAAAACGCUGGUCAUUCCCAUCGUGUUGCUGCUUGUGCGGCGCUAUAUCAGGAUUACAGCUCCCGUGAUGUUCGUGGUGGCAAUAUGGCUGCUCUUCCCGCUCUUUGCCACGGGUCCCCUGUACUCCGAGUAUAAGGACGUGCUCUUCGGACAAUGCGAGAAGAACUGGUGGCGAGUGCUGCUCCACAUCAACAACUGGAUUCCAUUUUUCGACAUGUGUUUGGCACACCUCUGGUACGUUAGCGUAGACUGGCAGAUUUAUUCCGUGCUUUGGAUCAUACCAAUGAUAAUGCUGAGGCGAAAGAAGCUGGGAUUCGCACUGCUGUUCCUGGUCACCCUGGCAACUUCAACGCUUGUUGCAGUCCAGACUAAGAUGAAUCACUAUGGUCCCACUGCCAUCUACACCGACUCGAACAUCAACAAGACGGUGGAAGCCGGUAACGACGUGUACUUCAAGCCCUUCGCGCAUGCCGGCGCCUUCUGCGUGGGCAUCGCCACUGGUUACGCCGUUCUUGCUUUCGGAGCCAUCAAGAUUAACUGGGUAAAGUGCGAGUUUCUCCAUCCCGGGAACAAUUUGAUGUAA